UAUUCGAGAUACGAAAACAUAGCAGCGCCGACAAAAGCUCAUGGAAGCGAGAGCGGCAGCGGUUUUGAUAAAUAAAUGUUUGAGUUAUGUAGAAAAACAUUUCGGGCGAGAAGAUUUUCGUUUUCGUUGCGAUUCAGUUAACAUUUGGCAAAAGGAUUCCGCCUAAAACAGACAAGCCGACGGAUGAUGCAACAGACCGAAGACUCAAGCUCGUAAGAUCUCAACAGUGUCACGCGUAGUUCAAUAAAAACGGAAGCGGUAAACGGUAAACGGUGAACGGUAAACGGGAAACGGCAACGGAAUCGGAAAUAACAUUGCAUACUUGAAAUUAGUGUUGAAAAUAUUCAAGAAAAAAAAAAUCUAUGUGAAAAGCAAACGACAAAAAAAAAAAAAAAGUAGAAAGCAUAAAGCAUAAAACAUAAAUCAGUUCCUGAGAAAUAGUCAAACAAGUGUUACGUCCUCUUCAUACAUAAGUUAAGCAUUUGAUUAGCAUAUAGUAGACAGAUCCUUAGAAUAGUUAAGAGCUAAAGCCACAACAACAACUGCAACAACAACAACAACAACAACAAUGCACACCAGCACAGAUCCUAUGCACGCCCUGCACGACUGCUCCUCGCAGUCGCCGCCCCUGCACAAGGCACAGCGCGGCGGUCUCACAUCCUCUCGAGCCUCCAUUGCCGCCGCCGCCGCCGCUGCGGAUGAAAUGUCCAUGAUCUGCGAUGACAGCGACUUUGAGUCAACGCCAGCCGGCGGCAGCAGCAAUAGCGGCGGCGGCGGCGAUAAUAAUAACGGCAACGGCGGCGGAGGCGGAGGCGGCAACAGUACCAGCACCGGCGGCCCGCUGGUGAAGCCGCCCUACUCCUAUAUAGCCCUGAUCACCAUGGCCAUUCUGCAGUCGCCGCACAAGAAACUCACACUCAGUGGAAUAUGUGAUUUCAUAAUGUCCCGUUUUCCAUACUAUAAGGAUAAGUUUCCCGCUUGGCAGAACUCGAUACGGCACAAUCUCAGCCUGAACGACUGCUUUAUAAAGGUUCCGCGCGAGCCGGGCAAUCCGGGCAAGGGCAAUUUCUGGACACUGGAUCCGCUGGCCGAGGACAUGUUCGAUAACGGCAGCUUCCUGCGCCGACGGAAGCGCUACAAGCGAGCGCCGGCCAUGCAGCGCUUCUCGUUUCCGGCGGUGUUUGGCACCUUGUCGCCGUUCUGGAUACGGAAGCCGGUGCCGCUGGUGCCGGUGCACUUCAAUGUGCCCAACUUCAAUGGCAGCCGCGACUUCGAUGUGAUGCACACGCCCAGCGAUGUGUUCGACACGGCGCUGCGUGUCGAUAAGAAAUUCAACUUCUUUGCCAAUGCCGAGGCUUCGUUCUAUCAGAACAACAGCGACAAGUUCGACCGCCUGUCGUUCAUCAAUCGCCGCGCGGAUGGCAUUGAUGCACUGCCUCACAGCAGCAGCACCGGCGUUACCGGCAGCGGCAGCGGCGUCGUCGGCGAUGCCAGCAGAGCCAACAAGUACAAAAAUCCAUAUGCAUUCGAUGUGUCCGCAGCGGCGGCUGGGCUCGGCCCAGUCGACUAUGCGGACCGAGCCAGCAAUAGCUAUGCCGAUCUCAAUGUGUAUAGCGAUGAUGUGGAUGCCGAUGAUACCUCGUGCGACAAGAUCGACGUGGAGAGUGCCAAUGAGCACGAGCAGGACUCGCAUAUAUCGGACUCCGUCGACUCGGUGUGCACGAAUCCAACACGAUUGGAGGUGGCCUCAGAGGCCACCACACGCGACCCAGAUCCCGAGCCGGAGCGCAACUCGCCCUAUGCGCUGCUCUUCGAGCAGACCGAGGCAUCCAAUGGCUCAGUCGCGAUUACGUCCAGCCCAAAGACGCCCGCCCGAUCACUGACCCGAUCCACUCUGCUCCACAUUGACUCGGAGCCCGCGAACCUGAGAUGCGCCAGGCAGACAAUUGCCAAAGAUUUUCGCAUUGAGACGCUGAUUGGACACGGGCACAGCGAUGGGGCGGCCAGCGAUUAGAGAGACGAGAUGAGAUCUCCCUCUCUCCCUCUCUCGCUCCCUCACUCUGUCGGCAUCUGCUGCCUGCCUUGGGCAUAUUUUAACACUUCUUCUGUACGUUGUAAACUUUAGCUGUAGUGAAAAAAACGGACCCAUUGAUGUAACCCCCCUCCUCACCCCAUCUCCGACAGCACCCAGUGUAGCAUCCCCCAGUUACCUUCAUGCCAAAUGCACGAACAUUUCAAUGCGACCAAAUAAACGCGCCAGUUGCGAGUCCACAUCAAUUGUAUAAAUUAUAUAGAGAACACGCACACACACA